UUUUGAAACCCCGGAGAAGUAGUCACAAAAUGCCCAAUACCCACCACUGAUGAGGAUGGAUUUUUUACUUCUACUCACGGCUCUUAUUACAUUACUGUCACGUUUGUCAUUGUAGGGUGCAUAAAACUGGAAUAGGAUUAAAAAGUUGAAAUGUGCUCCUUCAUGUUUGUAGUAUAUUUUCCGUUUAAAUAUUCCAUUUAGAUACCCCAAAACACUUCAAUUGGAGCAUCUAACACAAUUAUGACUAAUUUACCAAAGAAACGGCAGUCCAAACAAACAAAGCAACAAAAUGGAACUCUAAAAAGAGGGGGCGUUACUAAUACAACGAUAGUAAAGUCAUGGCGUGGUGCUGAUAGUGCUAUAAUGAAUGGUAGUGGUAGUAUAACUAAUAAAGUUCGAAAAUUAUUCAUCAAUGCUUUUCGACUUUGUUGCCUUUUUGUGCUAUCUACAAUUGGAUAUAUUUUUAGCAGUCUAACGCCUUCUAUGCAACAAACACUUGAAAGAUUAAUGUCUAAAUUGAAAGGAAAUUCAAAUUCUGUUGGCGGACAAGAUGAUAUUAUUUCAUCUAGCGGUGAUGGGUCAAAUAUUGCUGAAGAGGAUGAUUGGGAAAGAGAUUCUAAUCAUUAUCAAACAAUUAAUUUAGAUUCUUCAAGUGUAAAUUUAAUUCAAAGUGGAAAACGACGAGCUCGAAGACCAAGAGGUCUUUCUACACUUUCCUCUAAUUCUACAACAACAAAUGAACAACAACAACAAAGUUCUUCUUCGGCAAAAACUCCACCAACUUCAUCUUGUUCAAUUUCUUACGCAAAUGGUGAUUUGGCUCUCACACCGAAUGCUGGAAGCAGUGGAAUUUCUUUUUUGAUUGGAAAUGAUUUAUCUUUAACAGAAAAUGGGGAGCAAAUACGCGAUAAUGCAAUGAAAAUGAGUGAAUUGAAACAUUUAUUGAAACAAAAACAAAUGUUUGGAGAAUUUUAUAUUUUUUUAAUUUUUGUUUUAAGGUUGGAGCAAUCAAUGGAGAAACUUCGAAAUGAGCUUAAAAUAUCUCGUCAUGGUGAGAAUGAUUUACGUUCGCAACUUGCUUCUGCACAACAACAAGAACAAACCACUCGAUGUGAAUGGCGUCAAUACGAGAGAGAACAAAAACAAAAAUUAGAACAAUUGGAACAAAAAGGCCGUCAAUUAAACAAACAAAAUGAACAUUUCAAAACAAACAUUCAAGCUUUGGAAAAACGUGUUGGUGAAUUACAAUUGAAGAAAAUAGAAAUUGAGAGAGAAUUAGCAAACGAGCGACUUGCAAAACAACAACAGUUAAAUGCUGCUGUGGAUAAUUCUAAUCGUCACGAAAAUGGUGAACUACAAAAACAAAAGUUAAUCAAUAUGGACAAAGAAUUGAAACAUUUGAAACGAGAAUUUAAAAAUAAAGAAGAAUUUUGUUCGAAACUCGAAGAGGAAAUGCGCCGAUUAUCUACAGCUAGAAAUGACGAGAGCAAACAAAUUGAAACACUUCGUCAAAAGAAUUUCUUGUUAGAACAAACACUUUCAGCUGAAAAUAGAUUAAAACAAGAUUUAUUCCGUGCAUUAAAUGAUUCAAAAGCUGAAAUUGCUUCAAUGAAAGCCCAACUCCGGGCAAAACACACAAAAGAUCAAGCUGAUAUGAUGAACGCGUUUACCUCUACUCCAAGUGAAAAUUCUAUUUUCCAAAAUGGAUUCGUCACAAAAAGUUGCGGAGAUAAAGAAAAUAGUACUUCAUUGUCGACUGGUUCUUCGCCAAUUCAACAUCAACAAAAUUUUUCAUCGCAAAAUACACAAAAAUCAUUAACACCGCCACCUUUGUCAGUUGCUAGUUCAACAUUAAAUUUGGAACAAUUAUUACAAGCUACGCAAAAUAUGUUGGUUUUUUAAAAUAUGUCUUAUGAUUUUUGUCAGUUUUUUUUAUAAAUUUGCUUUUUAAUUUUUUUAGAAAUACCCCCGCAUAACCUCUCAAAUCUCGACUA